CGGCAAAGCGCUGCCCGGCGCUGGCGUAAAAGGCCCGAGGGCUGCCCAGAAACGCCGUCGACGCUGCCCGAGCACCGCCGUCGACGCACCCCUUGGAUAGCUGUCUCGAGCAGCGCGCCCGGAGGCGGUCACGGGAGCUGCCCAGAGACAGCCCCAUCCACCGUCAAUAGACGGGGCGACGGGAGCCACCGCUGGGGCCACGGGUUCCAGUACGAGGUCGCCUACAAUGGCCGACCCCCCCGUCCUCUGCGCGCGCCACGCCUUCGGCCUCAAGGGUGAUGUAUCAUCCCCGAUACACUACGGCGACGAGGCGACGACGAUCUACCCGUGCGGCCAUAGCGUCGUCCUCUACAACUCGGAAGCUAAAGAUCAAGAACUCAUCCCAGGACUACCACAGACGAAGGGCAUCACGGCGCUCGCAUUGGCGCCGUCGCGCAAGUGGCUUUGUGUGGCCGAGCGAGGUUUGGAGACGGCGCAAAUCGGCGUCUACGACGUCGUCCACCGAAAGAAGAAGCGCGUCGUGCAAUACCAAGACAUACAGACAGACACAAUCGUCCACAUGGCCUUCAGUCAUGACGGCAAGUACCUACUGACGCAAGGGAGUGGUCCGGAAUGGACAUUAGUAUUGUGGGCCUUUGACAAAAAAACGGUCAAACCCGUCGGGUCGACGCGCACAAGUGACGGUAGUCGUAGUCGAGUGCGGAUGGCCUCCUUCUCGCCGCGGGACCAUGGGAUCAUUGCGGCAUCCGGAGACAACGGUAUUUUACGAUUCCUGAGAGUGCAAGAGCACCAGUUCCGAGCGAUACCAUUUAACUUGAAGCGGGACCCGCAGGACUAUCUCUGUCAUUCGUUUGUGGGCAACAGAGACGCUCUCGUACUAGCGGGAGAGAACGGCGACUUACUGUACUUCGAGAACUUCGAGUUCAGAGCACUACUAACAGGACCGCCCGGCUCCAAGACGGAAGCGACCUCAUCAUUGGUAGCCUUCAGCAAGGGCUUCGUCGCCGGAGGUAUUGAGGGUUCUCUCAGAGUGUUUGAGAAGUCGGACGACCCGCGGGCCCACUACGAGUGCCAACGAGUAUUUCAUGUGAAUGACGCAACAUUGAUGGACCUGACCGUGUCGCCUUCCGAAGAAACGUUGUUAAUUGCGUCGUCGGACUUAGCACUGACCACGUUUAACCUCGCGAAUUGCGACGUGGCCAAUGCCGACGAUUCGAAGUGUUUUGAAAGUCUAGCGACGUCGUACCAUGCCGCCGGUGUCCUGGCGUUGGAUACGUGCGCUCGCAAACCGUUGAUCGCUACGGUGGGUUCCGACCAUCUCCUCAAGGUGUGGGACUACCGACGGAAGGUCUGCGAGGUCUCUCGGAAAUUUCGCGAACCUCCCACAUCAGUAGCAUUGCACCCGUCGGGGCUGUAUGUCUUGGUCGUCUUCCCCAGUCAGGCCAAACUGUUAGCUCUACUUGAAAAUGAAGCUUCGGACGUUGCUGAAGUGGAAGCAUUGGGUACGUCUCAUGUGUCCUUCGCUAGAGGUGGUCAUUACUUCUGUUUGGUGAACAACUCGGUAGUGACAGUCUACGACACGUUCUCCUGCGAGAAGCGCUAUAUGUUAAGAGCGGCGUCCCGCGUCGCUACUGUUUGUUGGCAGAAAGGUGACAGAAGACUCGCGACCGUCGGACGGGACGGGUCGUGCCAUACCUGGGACCUCGCUACCGAGUCUAGAGCAGAAGAGGCGGAGGGCGCGCCCAAGGCACCGUUCUAUGAUGGCGCCGCCUCCGUCGACCUGAAGCGGGUCUUCUGUGCUUGUGAGGAUAACACUAUCAGGGAGUUCGGCCAGAAGGCCGUCGGCCAGACUGCGGUCACCGAGUUUGCGCCUUUAUUGUCUAUAAAGACGUCUGAAUCAGUUGGUUCACUUGUAUUGGACGAGCGCGUCCUAUUUACUGGAUCGCUAUCGGAAGAAAAACCGGGCUUUGUGUAUGCCCACAAGUUGACCGGAGACGACUGGGCUACGAGGGAACCUCUGAAAUUCCCCGGACAUUCUACAAACAUAACCUGUAUCAAGUUAUCCUACGACCGCUCGCAGCUCUUCAGCGGCGGUUCUGAUGGUUCGAUCUACGUCUACGAUUGUUCAGAUGUGGACCAGAAAGGCAGAACAUACGUAAGAUCAAAGACGCGCGACGACGACUACACGGAGGAGAUACUUGUACGAAGAGACGAGCUCACGUCCGGUGUCAAAGAGAAAGCAGACCUAGCGAACAAGGUCGACGAACUCGUCUUAAAUAACGAGUACCAACUGCGACUCAAGGACAUGCAGUUCAAGGAGGAGUUACUGAAACACCAGGAGAAGUACAGCGCGGAGCUCGAGCUCGACGGGCAAAAGUACGACGCACUUAAUGACAAAAAGAAGAAGAUGGAGGACGCGUAUGAACAACAAAUUAAAGAGUUGGAGGACCAGCAUCGCGCCGAAUUUCGCGAUUUAGAAUUACAGUACGAUAGCAAGAUCAAUUCCGAAGUCGCAAGGUACCAGGGCCUGGUCGCGGCUCGCGAUGCCGAGAACAGAUCUUGGGACCAGGCGAACUUGGAGCUUACUGAUUCUCAUACGGCGGAGAAGAAGGAGCUCCAGGAGGCCUUCGAUGUCAAGGUUGAGGAAGAAAAACGGCUCCAGGAGGCGGUGCGAGUAGAGACGGCUGAAUUAAGGCAGCAGUUCCGGGAGGAGAAAGUUUUAGUUGAAGAGGACGCGGACAACGAAGUCGACGACGAAAAGGCUUCCUACGAGUCGAAACUCAUCACGGAGAAACGACUCACGCAGAAACUCAGGGACGAGAACGGUCUCUCGAAGAAAAAAUUUGCGCAGCUUACCAAGGAUGUGGAGGACCAGAAGGAGGAGAUGGCGUCGCUGCGGGACCGCGAGUUUGACUUGCGGGAGUCGAUCAAGAAUCUGGAGAAAGAUGUACAGGGCCAUAAAAAAGAGAUCCGGCGCGUGGCGGCGUCCUUAUAUAUAUAUUCAUAUAUAUAUACAUAUCAUAUACAUAUAUAUUUCAACGUGUUCGCGCCGCUGUCGGAGAGUGUGAGACACGGUCGCGUCGUGCUGACGUGCGGCGAUGGCGUACUGGUGCGGUACUGAUGCGCGUCGAUGGCGUACACUCCACCGCAUCAGUACAACAUCAGUACAACACCAGUACGCCAUCGACGCGCCUCGGCGCGGCGACUGGAGUCUCCUACGCCGCCCCACGCCGUCGACGCGACAUAUAACAUAUCUCCACGCAGGGAGCGCGACGAGACCAUCGCCGACAAGGAGAAGCGCAUCUUUGACCUGAAGAAGAAGAACCAGGAGCUCGAGAAGUUCAAGUUUGUCCUGGACUACAAGAUCAAGGAGCUGAAGCGCCAGAUCGAGCCGCGAGAAAGCGAGAUUGCGGAUUUGCGGAGACAAGUGGAAGAGAUGGAUCUGGAGCUCGAGCAGUAUCAUAAGUCGAACGCUGCGUUAGAUCUGAUGAUUGGUGAACUCAGAUUGAAGUUGGAUGGCAUGUCCAAGGAGUUAUCUCAGCAAAAAGCUCUGAUUAAGGCUGGUGAGGCUUACACCAGAAAAUUUAGGAGGGACCUCGCCAUGUGUGCUGCGGGUGUGGACGACCAGAACGACUUGAAAGCGGGCGUGAAAGAGUUAUAUCAAAGAUAUGUGCUGGACGAGGAUAAGAGGAAAGACUCAGAAGAGUCUACUGCGGGCUUCGAUCUGCAGGCCGAGUAUGCGAGACAGAGGGAACACCUGGAGAGGAACGUCGCACAAUUAAAGAGGAAGGUCCUGAAGGACGAGAAGAUGUACAAGACCGACAAAAAAAGAAUGGCCAGUGAAGGUAAACUUUUGACGGAGACGAUGGCGAAGUUGAAGGCGGUCCAUGCGGAAGAUUUACAGCGGCGGGAGGACUUGGCUGUGAAAGCUGAGGAGCAAUCUUCAGAUCCUAGAUUGGCGGAGAUCGUCGCGGGGCUCGGGGAGCGGGCCCAGAUGCUCGAGGAGCUCAUGGGCGAGGCGGGGCUGUUGCACCCGCCGCCGCUGCCGCAGUAAGGAUGGUUCUUGUA